AAUUUCUACUUAGAGAACAGAAAUAGCUAUACAUUUAUGUACAUAAAAUAUUUUAUUUCACAGUAUGCUACGUAACUAUAUAGGACGUUGUGCAAUAUUUCUGUUGAGCUAUGAAUUCAAACUAAUAUUAUGUUUCUGUGAAAAUUCAACAACUAAAAAUCUACAGGAUUUGCCUUUAAAUUGGCCAUGCGAAUGGAACAAUGGUACAAUACCGUAUACUCUAAACUUUUUUUUAUACAGCCCCAGACGCUUGAUAAGCAUUGUAUAUAGAGGCAUCAAAUACAUACAAGAUCGAUCAUGUUUAACAUUCAAUGAAGAAAAGCCCACAAAAGUUGCUACUGUUGGCAUUCCAACGUAUCUCUAUUUUACAUACUCUGAUGUCUUAGAAAAUUGCUGUUUGUCUUUCUCAAGUUCUUAUUUACAGAGACGAAUUGUAUUAAUAACACCACUGUGCACGUCACCAGCAGAGACCGCGCAUGCAAUUCUUCAUGCUAUGGGACUGAAUCAUAGAAAAAAGGAACCUUUUACAAGGUAAGAUUCCGGUCUUGUGAAGAAUCAAGAGCUCUCGACAAGACCAAAAGGGCUCUGUAAUGGUAAGAGCCUCCUGAAGCUGGCCCACUUCUUUUGUGCCUCAAUCUACAGAUAUUCAUGUUUAUGUGAAUGCUUUGGUAAUUAUGUGAUCGAGAGUAAUUCAAAUUUGAAAGUAUCUUUGACACUCAAUGUUUAUUCAAUAUUUUUGUACCCAGUAAAGAAACAAAAUGUAAUUCUAUGAUAUACUUUUCUGUUUAGUGAAAAUAAAAUAAAAAGGCUUCUUUUUGUAUACCGACACAAUUAAAGGCACUACAACUACAGUAAUAAUUAAACGAAAUAGCUCUUUUAUAAAAGAAUUUAAUUUUAAUGUUAAUUUUAAUGCAUGUUAUUCAUGAAACCACACAAUGCAAUAUAAUUCUAUCAACCACGAAUUGUACAUGGGGAUGUGUUAAAAUUGUUU